UGACGUCAGGAGCAGCUUAAUGGCGGGAAGAUGACGUCACCAGCCGGGCUCACCAUGAUGGCGGCCUCCUGUGUGGUGUGCUGACCGCCUCCCGCCUCUCUCUCUCCUCUCCCUCUCCUCUCCCUGCCAACAUGAGGAAGGGCCGCAUAGAGCUGGGUGACGUAACACCCCACAACAUCAAACAGCUGAAGCUCCUGAACCAAGUGGUGUUCCCUGUCAGCUACAAUGACAAGUUUUAUAAAGAUGUGCUGGAGGCAGGCGAACUGGCAAAGCUGGCCUACUACAACGACAUGGUGGUGGGAGGCGUGUGCUGCCGUGUGGACGUGCAGGAGGGGCAGCGGCGCCUGUACAUCAUGACACUGGGCUGCCUGGCGCCUUACAGACGGCUUGGCAUUGGCACCAAGAUGCUUGAACAUGUGCUGAAUUUUGUCGAGAAGGAGGGAAACUUCAACUCAAUCUUCCUACACGUGCAGGUGAACAAUGACGGAGCGUUGGAUUUCUACAAGAAGUUUGGGUUUGAGGUGGUGGAGACCAAACAGCAUUACUACAAACGCAUUGAGCCAGCCGACGCCCACGUGCUGCAAAAGACUCUGCUACGCUCCUGAGUCCCUGCCCCCCUGCCACAUCCCCUGCUGCACUCCUGAGUCCCUGCCACCUUCCCUACCUCCCCUGCCACACCCCUCUCAUGCUGCAGAAGAUGCUGUUGUGGGCUGUGUGCAGUGGCAGCCUAGGUGGGAGUGUGGGUGAGUGUGUGGGGUGCUGGUGUGUUGCCAGGCUCUGUUGGUGUGUGCUCAAAAUGCUUUGGUGUCUUGCCAGGGCUGGUUUGCAAGGCUGGCCUGGUGAUUGGCUGGGGUGCUCAUGGCUGUGUUCACUGCAGUGGGGUCUUCUCAGGGUAUUGCUGGACUUGCAAGAACUUAAAAAACUUUGCUUACUUUCAUGAGUGUCUUAAACUUUCACCACAACCAUGGAAAUCAUAAUAACUUCCAGUGCAGCCUCUUAAACUAUAGCCAGGCCCUUGAAAACCUAAAUAACUUUGACUACGACCUCUAAAGCUAUCACUGGAAUCAUUAAAAAAAUCCUUAGAAAUUUCGGUGAUUUUCACUAGAAUCUAAUAAACUAUCACUAGAACCUUGAAAACCCCAAUAACUUCCAUUAGACUGCAUUAAACUGUCACUAGAACCUUGAAAACCCAAUAACUUCCACUAGAAUUUAUUAAACUAUCACUAGAACCUUGAAAAAAUCCCAAUAACCUCUGCUAGACUGCAUUAAACUGUCAUAAGAAUCUUUGAAAACCCAAUAAAUUUCAUUCAUCUCCAUUAAACUAUCACUAGAAACCUUAAAAAAAAGCCAAUAAUUUCAACUAGAUUGCAUUAAACUAUCACUAGAACCUUGAAAAACCCUAAUAACUUCCACUAGAUUGCAUUAAACUAUCACUAGAACCCUUGAAAACCCCCAUAACUUCCACUGCAGCCUGCCAAACUAACACUGCAAUCAUAAAAACACCCUUGAAAGCCCCAAUGACUUCCACAGCAGUCAGGACAAGGCAACAAAACAUUUCAGAAGUUAGUUUUGUUACUGGAAUGGAGUGACGGACCACCACCACCACCACCACUACCACCACCCCCCCCACCACCACCACCACCACCACCACCAAUAUUGUUGAUCUAUUUAGCUCUCCUCUAUUACAGCAAAAAUGACUCAUAUGCAUAACCUAAUGUAAACCCUAGGUGUGAUUUUGUACAUAACGUGUGCGCGUGUGUGUGUGUAUGUCUGCCGCGAGUGAGUGUACGAAUGAGUUGGUGUAUGUAUGUAAGUAGCUAUGUAGUUGUUUAUCAUUUGUACAUAAUAUGCAUACACUAACCUAUGUAUACUUGGGGUUAGGAGUCAAAAAUUUCCACACUCACUUUCAAAUUUUUUCACAAUUGUCUUUUCUCUCAAUAUUAACGUCUUUGAUCUGAGAUUUUUGUCCUUGUCAUCACUAUUAUUAUUAUUACAAUUAUUAUUUGGUUAGAUGUAUUUGCUUUCUCUUCUAUGACCUCCACACAUGGUCCUCAGGUCAUCUUUGGUCUUCCCACUAGUCUAACUUAACCUAACCUUUCAUUAUUCUUGUCAUGUUCUCCACACAACACCCCCAACUCUUCUCUAGUCUCCUAACCUAAGUUCUUUCUUGCCCUGUUCUUUCUUUACUCAAUCUAACUUCUUUCUUAUCAUGUCAUCCUCCACACACCGUCACUGGGUCUUCUUCAGUCUCCCCUCUGGUCUCCUGUUAACCAUUUUGCUUUGAUAAUAUAGCCACUAAUCUCACCUGUUCAGCUCUGCAAGGUGGCUGUCAGCAGAUGAAAGGACUGGAAAUGCGAGGAGAGGCACUGAACAAUUCGUGAAGUGGAGUGUGGAAGGUUGCAAGACUUUUGGCUCCCACUGUACAUCUCCCAAUAUUAGUGUUUGUUAUUCAGCCUUACUUACAAGCCUCCCAUCACUCUUGUUUUGGGGGAAGGAGGAGAAGAAAAGGCAAGAGAUUGGCAGAAUGUUGGUCUUAUGUGUGUUUGAUGUUCAGACUUGACACAAAGUUCUCAUUUUGCCUUUUUUUUUUGUUUGUAUUAUAUUUUUUGGGGGGAGAAAAGAAAGGAUGUGAAGUGAAGGAAUGAAAUGAAUUGGCUGCAAGUUUAUUCA